AUGGCACAACUACCUGCUUUCAGUAAACAGGUAAGGGGAAAAUCUGCACAGGCCACCCAAGAAAUACCAUCUGAAUAAACCGCAGGUGAAAGCAUGGCCUAUGGUCUUUACACACUGUAAACUUCAAGGAGUGGAACCAACUGCAAAAGUGUUAUUAACAGAAUAAUAUUUUUGGAGUUAACUCCAUGCGAUUGUCUUUUCAUUGUUUUGAAAUCCCACUGUUCUCCAUGCCAUCCAGUCACGUUCCAGUGAUCAGAAUGUUCCAUUGUCUUUUCAUUGUUUUGAAAAACCCACUGUUCUCCAUGCCAUCCAGUCAUGAUCCAGUGAUCAGAAUGUUCCAUUGUCUUUUCAUUGUUUUGAAAAUCCCACUGUUCUCCAUGUCAUCCAGUCACGUUUCAGUGAUCAGAAUGUUCCAUUGUCUUUUCAUUGUUUUGAAAAUGCCACUGUUCUCCAUGCCAUCCAGUCACGUUCCAGUGAUCAGAAUGUUCCAUUGUAUUUUCAUUGUUUUGAAAUCUCACUGUUCUCCAUGCCAUCCAGUCACGUUCCAGUGAUCAGAAUGUUCCAUUGUAUUUUCAUUGUUUUGAAAAACCCACUGUUCUCCAUGCCAUCCAGUCAUGAUCCAGUGAUCAGAAUGUUCCAUUGUCUUUUCAUUGUUUUGAAAAUCCCACUGUUCUCCAUGCCAUCCAGUCAUGACCCAGUGAUCAGAAUGUUCCAUUGUCGUUUCAUUGUUUUGAAAAUCCAACUGUUCUCCAUGUCAUCCAGUUACUCAUUGUUUCAACACAUGCAAAGGCCGUAAUGAAGUUUUUUAUUCCUAUUCCAGGAUCUACAGAAGCCGUACAAUAAAGUUGCUUUCUUAGUCACUCACAAUUCAUAUAGCUAUGGAAUCGAUUUUGGGAUCUGGGCUCAUAAUCAGAGGUUCAGUGUUGCCAGGCAACUGAACGAUGGCGUCAGAGGCCUUAUGUUGGAUCUUUACGUAGGUACGUGUUGUAACUGACUGUGCAUAAUGGUGACUUCCACUAAGACCAGGACGAUUUCGACCAUAGUAUUAUUUAUAACAGAUGCUUACAUGAGACAUUGAGACCGGGACAAAAAAUUCCUCAGACCUGCAUGAAGUCAUCGCGCUCGCUGGACCGAUCCCGCUCCGAAUUCAAUAUUCAUCCCGGUCUAGAUGUAAAAAAGAAAUACAUUUCGGAUCGGUUGUGCUCUUGCAUGCUUCGGAACAAUGCAUGCUCACAAAGCACUGGUAAAAAGAAAAUGGAGGGCAAGGAGAAUAAAUUGAAAGAUUUGUGAUUUUCGUACCUGUCUCGUGUGAACAUACUGAAAAUUGCGAUCUCGCCCCUGGUUUGACUUGAUCCUGGUCUCAUGUGAAGACCAAGAGUAUGCCCGUUUGCAGGUUAGGUCAUGCACUAGAUUGCAGUAUAGAUGGGUGUCAACCUGAGGUUGUCAAAGUGAGAAAAUAGUUCAUUUUUCAUUUUCAGGCUGGAACGACGCUGAUGUUCGUUUAUGUCAUGGUAGCUGUAUCUGGAGUGGUUCCACUGAUCUAUUGUUCACGUUGAUAGAAAUACGUGAAUUUCUGGAGCGAAACACUCACGAAGUCGUCACGAUCAUAUUCGAAGAUUACCUUGAGAACCCACGAAUACUGGCGAAGGUGUUCGACGAAGCUGAUAUCUCAAAGUUCGUGUUGACGUCGGAUUAUUGGGGAGAAGUCGAAGACUGGCCGACACUCUCCGAGAUGAUCUCGUUAGGUCGUCGGCUGGUCGUGUUUAAUAAUGUCGGGUUGACAGAAUUUCCUUACAGUACAAGGAAUAUGUGGAAUUUUAUGAUUGAAAGUCGUUAUGGAAGUGUUAGCAAAAAUCCUAAU